GAAAAGUGAAACAGCGAGAAUGGCGUCAGUGUCGGGAAACAUGAAGGGUUUCUACAGGCAGAAGAAAACCGCCAAUAAAUCUUCCAAGAAAUCUCCGAUUAACGCCGCCACGUUGGGCUCCGACGCAGCCCAACCAGCGGCUCUCAUCUCGCACGGCGGAAAACCCGACCUCGAAGAUGAAUACAAAGAGAGCGAAGAGGUGUUGCGGCAAUUCGACUUGAACAUGGCUUAUGGACCUUGCGUUGGAAUGACAAGGCUAGAACGCUGGGAGCGUGCUCGAAAGCUCGGUUUGAACCCUCCGCAAGAAAUCGAGAGGCUCUUAACGUCUGGUAAAGUUCAGACAGAGUCUUUGUGGGAUGGGCGCAUUUAAACGCUGUUUUGUAUGAAAAAUGAAAGCCUAAUCCUUAUUGUAGCUUCUGACUGGUUUUUUUAGCUUUUGCUUAGGAAAAUCAGCUUCUGGCUGCGUUCCUUAUGUUAUGUGACUCAACUCAGUAACAUGUUCUUGUUUUCUUGCUUCCGGUUGUUAAUUCUUGUUGUUAAAUAAAUGUUUGCUUUGUUAACUAACUGUUCUCUGCUGUGAUAUGUGAAAGUUUGAUUUUGUGUGGUAGUUAUUUGAGGAUUUGUUUUGUUAUAUUUGUGAUAUAUAAACUGA